CGGUCGCCAGGCCCUUGCCCUGCCCCCAGGGCCGGCGUGAAUGGGGCUGAGCCUCAACUGUCACCCUCCCACUCAGGACAAUGCCCCCCACAGCCAUCUUGUGCCUGUCCCCACUGCCCUAGGGGAGCUGAGCGAGCCCUCUGCUGCAGCCUCUUGCCGCACGUGCCCUGGGUUAUAGCCUCGGCACCAUCCCUCGGCACCUGCCAGGCCUUGCCUGCUGUCACUGCCAGCCCUCUGUUUCCGCAAGUAUUAUGACGGCUCCCCAACCUCCCUUGGGCCUUGGCCUCCUCCUGCUGCUGUUGCUGCUCCUAUGGCCACAGCCCCUGACUGUGGCCCAUCGCUUCUCAGCGCCCAAUACCACUUUCAACCACUUGGCAGUGGCACCAGGCCAGGGCACACUGUAUGUGGGCGCUGUGAACCGCCUCUUCCAGCUGAGCCCUGAACUAGAGCUGCAGGCAGUGGCCAUCACUGGCCCUGUCGUGGACAGUCCUGACUGCCUGCCCUUCCGGGAGCCAGCCGAGUGCCCCCAGGCCCAGCUCACCGACAACGCCAACCAGCUACUGCUACUGAGUGGCCGAGCCCAGGAGCUUGUGGCCUGCGGCCAGGUGAGGCAGGGUGUAUGUGAGAAGCGAGACCUCAGGGACGUGACCCAAGUGCUGUACCAGGCUGAGGACCCUGGGGACGGGCAGUUUGUGGCAGCCAACACGCCCGGGGUAGCCACAGUGGGCCUGGUGGUGUCUGUGCCGGGCCGAGACCUGCUGUUUGUAGCCCGAGGCCUGGCGGGCAAGCUGUCGGCUGGGGUGCCACCCCUGACUGUGCGCCAGCUUUCUGGGCCUCAGCCCUUCUCCAGUGAAGGCCUGGGCCGCCUCGUGGUGGGCGACUUCUCCGACUACAACAACAGCUACGUGGCUGCCUUCGCUGAUACCCACUCAGCCUACUUCGUGUUCCGCCGCCGCGGAGCCCGGGCCCAAGCCGAGUACCGCUCCUAUGUGGCUCGGGUGUGCCUGGGAGAUGCCAACCUUUACUCCUAUGUAGAAGUACCCCUCGUAUGCCGGGGCCAGGGUCUGGUGCAGGCUGCCUCCCUUGCCCCCGGCACCUUGCUGGGGGCCUUCGCUGCAGGCCCACAGGGGGCCCAGGCGGCCCUGUGUGCCUUCCCCCUGGCAGAACUGGACAGGAGCAUGGAGCAGGCCCGGCGCCUGUGCUACACAGCGGCUGGCCGGGGCCCCAGCGGUGUGGAAGAAGCCACUGUGGAAUAUGGCAUCACAUCACGCUGCGUCACCCUGCCUCCUGACUCACCGGAGUCAUACCCGUGUGGCGAUGAGCACACACCCAGCCCCAUCGCUGGCCGCCAGCCCCUGGAGGCCUGGCCUGUGCUGCACCUCGGGCAGCCCAUCAGUGCUGUGGCUGCUCUUGAGGUCGACGGGCACACCAUAGCCUUCCUGGGUGACACCCAAGGCUGCCUGCACAAGGUCUUUCUCAAUGGCUCCCGAGGGCAGAUGUACCACUCCCAGCAGCUGGGGCCUCCAGGCUCAGCCAUUAGUGCAGACCUGCUGCUGGACAGCGACGGGAGCCACCUCUACGUCUUGACCACCCAGCAGCUGGAUCGUGUACCUGUAGCCACCUGCCCCCAGUUUCCAGACUGCGCUAGCUGUCUGCAGGCCCGGGAUCCACUGUGUGGUUGGUGCAUCCUCCAAGGCAGGUGCACCCGGAAAGGCCAGUGCACACGAGCUGUGCAGCCCAACCAGUGGCUGUGGAGCUACGAGGAGGGCAGCCACUGCCUGCACAUCCAAACUCUGUGGCCAACCCACCACCCUCGCCAGGAGCAGGCUCAGGUCACCUUGUCUGUCCCCCACCUGCCCACUCUGGCUGUGGAUGAAUACUUCCAUUGUGCCUUUGGGGACUAUGACAGCUUGGCUUACGUGGAAGGCCCCCAUGUGGCCUGCAUCACCCCUCCGCAAGCCCAACUGCCCCCAACCCUGCCAGGCACAGACCACAUCACUUUGGCCCUGGCCCUGAUGUUUGAAGAUGUGACCGUGGCUACCACCAACUUCUCCUUCUACGAUUGCAGUGCCAUCCAAGCUUUGGAAGUGGCUGCCCCGUGCCGCGCUUGUGUGAGCAGCCUGUGGCGCUGCCACUGGUGCCCCCAAAGCAGCCUCUGUGUGUAUGCAGAGCACUGCCCAGAAGGCGAGAAGACUGUCUACAAUGCCCAGGAGGUGGACAGCCCAGGGCGUGGUCCAGGGGCAUGCCCCCAGGUUGAGGGUCUGGCCAGUUCCCCACUGGUGCCUGUGGGCUGGGAGAGCCGAGUGGCCCUGCAUGUGCGUAAUCUUCAGUAUUUCCGGGGCCUUCCUGCUUCCUACUACUGCUGGCUGGAGCUCCCUGGAGAGGUGCAGAAGCUGGCAGCCUCCCUGGAGGAGACAGCUCAGGACUCGGGUCUCAUCCACUGUCAAGCCCAGCUGUUCCAGCCAUCCUUGUCCCAACGGGAGCUCUCUGUGCCCAUCCAUGUCACGCGGGGCGAGGCCCAGAGGCUGGACAAUGCUGCCGCUCUUCUCGUGACCCUGUACGACUGCACCGUGGGCCACCCGGACUGCAGCCACUGCCAGGGGGCCAAUGGGAGCCUGGGCUGCGUAUGGUGCGGUGGUAGCCAGCCUGCCUGCCGCUACGGGCCGCUGUGCCCACAGGGAGCCGAGGAGCACCUCUGCCCUGCGCCCAGCAUUGAUGAGAUCGAGCCGCUGACUGGCCCCCCAGAGGGAGGUUUAGCCCUCACCAUCCUGGGCUCCAACUUGGGCCGGGCUUUCGACGACGUGCAGGCUGCCGUCAGUGUGGCUGGCCGGCCGUGCAGCCCCGAGCCCUCUCUCUACCGCACCUCUGCUCGCAUUGUGUGUGUGACAUCGCCCGCCCCCAACGGCACCACUGGGCCAGUGCAAGUGGCCAUCAGGAGUCGGCCACCAGGCAUCUCAAGGCAACAGUUCACCUACCAGGACCCCGUGCUGCUGAGCCUGAAUCCGCGGUGGGGCCCCCAGGCAGGGGGCACCCAGCUCACCAUCCACGGGCAGCACCUGCAGACCGGGGGCAACGUCAGUGCCUUUGUGGGCAGCCAGCCCUGUCCUAUCCGCGAGCCUGUGUGUCCCGACGCCAUCGUGUGCCGCACCAUGCCACAGGCUGCCCCAGGAGAGGCCCUGGUCCUUGUGGUCUUCGGCCACGCCCGACGCACACUGGCUAGCAGCCCCUUCCACUACACUGCCAACCCACAGCUGCUGGCAGCAGAGCCCAGCGUCAGUUUCCGGGGGGGCGGACGGCUGAUCCGAGUCAGGGGCACUGGCCUGGAUGUGGUGUGGCGGCCCCUACUGUCAGUGUGGCUGGAGGGUGAGGAAGAGGUCCAGGCUUUGGGGGCCCGGCCCCAGGCCCCAGAGCUGAGGAGCAGCUGCAAGGCUCCUGUGGCUGACUCCCAGGCUUGCACUCAGCUUGAUGGAGGCUUGCUGCAGUGCUCCUCCAUCUGUGCUGUCAACUCAUCCAGCCUCCUGCUGUGCCCGAGCCCCGCAGUGCCAGAUGGGGCGCGACCCCAGCGCGUCUUCUUCACCCUAGACAAUGUGCAAGUGGACUUUGCCAGCGCUAGUGGGGGCCAGGGCUUUCUGUACCAGCCCAACCCCCGCCUGGCCCCUCUCAGCCGGGACGGGCCGACUCGCCCUUACCGCCUCAAGCCGGGCCACGUCCUGGACGUGGAGGGAGAGGGCCUCAACCUUGGCAUCAGCAAGGAGGAGGUGCGCGUGCACAUCGGUGACGGCGAGUGCCGCGUGAAGACGCUCACGCUCACCCACCUGUACUGCGAGCCGCCCCCACGCGCCCCACAGCCGGCCAACGGCUCCGGCGCCCUGCCGCAGUUUGUGGUGCAGAUGGGCAAUGUGCGGCUGGCCCUGGGCCACGUUCAGUACGAAGCAGAGCCUACGCUGGGUGCCUUCCCCGUGGAGGCGCAGGUGGGCUUGGGCAUGGGCGUGGCCCUGCUCAUCGCUGCUGUGCUUUUCCUCACUCUCAUGUACAGGCACAAGAGCAAACAGGCCCUGAGAGACUACCAGAAGGUGCUGGUGCAGCUGGAGAACCUAGAGACAGGCGUGGGCGACCAGUGCCGCAAGGAGUUUACAGACCUGAUGACCGAGAUGACCGACCUCAGCAGUGACCUGGAGGCCAGCGGGAUCCCCUUCCUGGACUACCACACAUAUGCUGAGCGAGCCUUCUUCCCGGGCCAUGGCGGCUACCCGCUGCAGCCAGAGCUCGAGUGGCCUAGAGAAGAGGGCCGCCGUGCCACCGUACGCCAGGGCCUCACACAACUCUCCAACCUGCUCAACAGCAAGCUGUUUCUGCUCACACUCAUCCACACCCUGGAAGAGCAGCCUGGUUUCUCACAAAGGGACCGCUGCCACGUGGCUUCACUGUUGUCCCUGGCGCUGCAUGGCAAGCUGGAGUACCUCACGGACAUCAUGCUGACACUGCUUGGCGACCUGGCAGCCCAUUAUGUACACAAGAACCCCAAGCUUAUGCUACGCAGGACGGAGACCAUGGUGGAGAAGCUGCUCACCAACUGGCUGUCCAUCUGCCUGCACACCUUUCUGCAGGAGGUAGCUGGGGAGCCACUGUAUAUGCUGCUGCGGGCCAUCCAGUACCAGGUAGACAAGGGGCCAGUGGAUGCGGUGACUGGCAAGGCAAAACGGACCCUGAAUGACAGCCGCUUGCUGCGGGAAGAUGUGGACUUCCAGCCCUUGACGCUAAUGGUGCUGUUGGGUCCUGGGGCUGGUGAGGCUGUGGGGAGCAGCGAGGUGCAGCACGUGCCGGCCCGGGUGCUCGAUACAGACACCAUCACCCAGGUCAAGGAAAAGGUGUUGGAGCAAGUCUACAGAGGCACUCCCUUCUCUCAGCGGCCCUCCGUGCAUGCCCUGGACCUUGAGUGGCGCUCAGGGCUGGCUGGUCACCUCACUCUGUCUGACGAGGACUUGACCUCGGUGACUCAGAACCACUGGAAGAGACUCAACACACUGCAGCACUACAAGGUCCCGGACGGAGCAACGGUGGGGCUCAUUCCCCAGCCACACCAUGGUGGCACUGUCUCACAAAGCCAGGCCCGGAGCUGCGGCCCAGGGCACAAUCCCCCAAUGCCAGAGGACGCGGAGGAGGACGGCAUCCGUCUCUGGCACCUGGUGAAGGCCACUGAAGAGCCUGAAGGGGCCAAAGUGCGGCGCAGCAGCCUGCGGGAGCGGGAGCGCACGCGGGCCAAAACCAUCCCAGAGAUCUACCUCACCCGGCUGCUCUCCAUGAAGGGCACGCUGCAGAAGUUUGUGGAUGACACAUUCCAGGCCAUCCUCAGCGUGAACCGGCCCGUGCCCAUUGCCAUCAAGUACCUGUUUGACUUCCUGGACAAGCAGGCGGAGAAGCACGGCAUUGACGACCCGGAGACUCUACACAUUUGGAAGACUAACAGCCUGCUUCUGCGCUUCUGGGUGAACGCCUUGAAGAAGCCACAGCUGCUCUUCGAUGUGCGUGUGUCAGACAAUGUGGACGCCAUCCUCGCUGUCAUUGCCCAGACCUUCAUCGACUCCUGCACCAUCUCAGAGCACAAAGUGGGCCGGGACUCACCUGUGAACAAACUGCUCUACGCCCGUGAGAUUCCUCGGUACAAGCAGAUGGUGGAGAAAUACUAUGCUGACAUUCGCCAGAGUUCGCCUGCAAGCUACCAGGACAUGAACUCAGCCCUUGCUGAGCUGUCUGCGAAGUACACCUCUGCCCCCCACUGUCUGGAGGCUCUGCAAGAUCUCUACCACCACAUCCGCAGGUAUUAUGACCAGAUCAUACUCGCCCUGGAGGAGGACCCCAAGGGCCAGAAGAUGCAGCUGGCCUGCCGCCUGCAGCAGAUUGCCGCCCUGGUAGAGAACACAGUGACAGACCUGUGAGCACUGGACACUGUGGGCCACAGCAGGCGCAGGGUCCAGCAGCUUCGACAGCAGCAAGUGGGAGUCAGCAGCAGAGUGCCUCCCGAGCUCCUGGAGUGAGCCAGGGGCUGCAGCGGCUCCACCAGCUCCCUAGCAGCCCGUGGCUUCCCUGCUGCCCCGUUGCUAAUUUAUGCUGAUCCCUCCCCCGUGAUAUUUAUUUGCUUGCUGGAGAGUCACUUCUGAAAAUAAAAUAUUUGCAUUUCGG